CCCCGUUCUCUCAACUCAGGCCCACACACGGAGAGAGAGAGAGUGAAUCAUUAUCAGAUGGAUCGCAAUUUCUUCCUCGGCCUGUUACUCGUCCUCUUCAUCGCCGUCCGAUCAUCGGCGUCGACCUUCGACGACGAGAAUCCCAUUCGGACAGUCGUAUCGGACGCUUUUCGCGACUUCGAGUCCUCUGUGCUCGAAGUCGUCGGCCAGAGCCGUCGCGCUCUCGCCUUUGCUCGCUUCGCCCACAGGUAUGGGAAGAGGUAUGAGACGGCCGAAGAAACCAAACUGCGGUUCGGGAUUUUCUCAGAGAACUUGAAGCUCAUCAGAUCGCACAACAAAAAAGGCCUUUCCUACACUCUUGGAGUCAACGAAUUUGCUGAUUGGACCUGGGAAGAGUUUCGCAAACAUAGGUUAGGUGCUGCACAAAACUGUUCUGCCACAACGAAGGGCAAUCACAAGCUGACUGAUGAAGUCCUUCCUGAAACGAAAGACUGGAGAGAGACCGGAAUAGUCAGCCCAGUCAAGAAUCAAGGUCAUUGCGGAUCAUGCUGGACAUUCAGCACUACUGGCUCUCUAGAGGCAGCAUACAAGCAGUCAUUUGGAAAGGGAAUCUCUCUAUCCGAGCAGCAGCUUGUGGACUGUGCAGGUGCUUUUAAUAACUUUGGCUGCAAUGGUGGGUUGCCAUCCCAGGCCUUUGAGUACAUCAAAUACAAUGGGGGCCUUGACACUGAGGAAGCAUACCCUUACUCUGGAAAAGAUGGUGAAUGCAAAUUUUCUUCUGAAAAUGUUGGUGUCCAAGUUCUUGAUUCUGUCAACAUUACCCUGGGCGCUGAAGAUGAACUAAAACAUGCUGUAGCUUUUGUAAGGCCCGUAAGUGUUGCAUUUGAGGUUGUGAGUGGUUUCCGCUUAUACAAGAGUGGAGUUUACACCAGCAACAAAUGUGGCAGUUCUCCCAUGGACGUGAACCAUGCCGUGGUUGCUGUCGGGUAUGGAGUUGAAAAUGGCAUAUCGUAUUGGCUUAUUAAGAAUUCAUGGGGAGCAGACUGGGGUGACAAUGGCUACUUCAAAAUGGAGAUGGGCAAAAACAUGUGUGGUGUUGCAACUUGUGCAUCGUACCCCAUUGUUGCCUAGCUAAAGAAUGGAGCUCUUCUUACGUUGAAAGAUUUCUGGUAUAAAUCGUCUGGCUUUAUCUAGGAUAUAGUAGGUAAUCAUCCAUGUAUCAGAAGGGUCAGGUUACAGUGAUUGAAGUUCAGCUGGCUUGAUGUAGAAAAUAAGAACCUAGCAACUAUUCCUUGAACUGGUAAACUUUAUUGUAUACAGAUGACCCUCUUGUAAAAUUCCUAUGUGAAUGCUUUAUGCUGAAUAAAUUGUCAAUCCAACACUGGACCAGUGGGGUUCAUAAGUUUAUAUAUGGUGGAGAUCAAGCGUUUCAAUUA